CUCCACAUGCGUGCACAGUUCCAUCCCAUGGCCGUCUCUAGGUGAUCUAACGCCGCCAGUCUCCAGCAGGUGUCCAACAUGGCGAGCACUGCAAGCGGAUCUCUCGGUCUCCCACUCUUUCUUGUCGUGAUUUUGAUGUCCUGCCUCGUCAAAGGAGCUGCUGAAACCAUCACAGUGGAAGGUCAGAACCUGGCAACGGAUAAUGUGUCGGUGGUGGAAGGCGAGAUGGCCACUAUCAGCUGCAGAGUGAAGAACAACGACGACUCAGUCAUCCAGCUCCUCAACCCCAAUAGACAGACCAUCUACUUCAGGGAUGUCAGACCCCUGAAGGACAGCCGGUUCCAGCUGGUGAAUUUCUCUGACAAUGAGCUGCGGGUGUCUCUGUCCAAUGUGUCACUCUCCGACGAGGGCCGCUACGUGUGCCAGCUCUACACUGACCCCCCUCAGGAGGCUUACGCGGACAUCAUUGUACUCGUCCCGCCGGGUAGCCCAAUCAUCGAGAGUCGUGAGGAUGUGGUCAGCGAGGGCAACGAGACGGAGCUCACCUGCACGGCCAGCGGAAGCAAGCCAGCAGCCUCCAUACGAUGGAUGAAAGGAGAUGAGGAAAUGACAGGAGAAACGACAGUAGAGGAGACGUACGACCGGAUGUUUACUGUGACCAGCCGGGUGCGGUUUUCCGUCACUAAAGAGGACGAUGGCAUGCCGGUAGACUGUGUUGUCGACCACCCGGCCGCCAACGACCUUUUGGCUCAACGAAACCUGGAAGUGCUAUAUAAACCUGAAGUGAAAAUUGUGGUGACGUAUCCCGAAGGAUUAACUCGAGAGGGCGACAAUCUUGAUCUGACGUGCAUCGCUGGAGGAAAACCUCAUCCUCAUGAGAUCAGUUGGGUAAGGGUGGAUGAGGAUGUGCCGCCUCACGCUGUGGUCACCGGUUCAGACCUCUACAUCGAAAACCUCAACAAGUCGUUCAAUGGCACGUAUCGCUGUGUGGCCUCCAACACCAUAGGCGAGGCUUACGACGACUACAUCCUCCACGUGUACGAUGCUCCCACUACUAUCCCCACACCCACCACCAACCCAGUCAACACGCAAGAUUCCCGAGCGGGCGAGGGUGCACCACCGAAACUUGACCACGCAGUGAUUGGAGGGGUUGUUGCCGUGGUGAUGUUCGCCAUCCUCUGCGCGCUCAUUGUUCUUGGUCGAUACUUUGCCAGACACAAAGGCACCUACUUCACACAUGAAGCCAAAGGAGCGGACGACGCCGCGGACGCCGACACGGCCAUCAUCAACGCUGAGGGCGGACACAACAACACAGAUGAAAAGAAAGAGUAUUACAUAUAAAGUGUGGAAGGAAGAGUGGUGGUGCUAUGGAAGCAUUGAGUCUAACUGAUUGUUUGAUUUGGGGGUUAGGUGGAAGUAAAAGUAAGACUGGUGUGGCCCCGAGUCGGGAAGAGGCCGAGUCUCCUGUCUAAAAACUUUCCUGGACUGCUGGGGCCUAAACUUCUGUAAACUUUCUUUCUUUUACAGACUAUUUUGUGCCUUGUUCUCUUUUUAGUUAGUUUUCUUCCCUACUCAUGUGCUUGUUGAUUUAAAUGUUAUGUUGUGGACUCAGAGAUGAAAGUGGCCCAUUUGUGUGUAUGUGUGGGUUAGCUUUUAGUUCAAAUGUUGCUGAGCACCAAGAUGAAGCUUGUCCCAACAUACAGUAUUUUUUUUUUGAUGUAUUCUUAAAUUAGACAAUUUAUGACAUUUAAAUAAUUUAAAACAUUUUACAGAUGUUUUCCUAUAAUAUCUGUAAUUUGUUUAUGUCCAAAUUCUCCAAACUUUCAUAAAUUAUAGUACACCAUCUAAAAUUUCUGUAAUUUAUUGACAGGUAUAUGUACUGCGUCGAAGUCCAGCAAUUUUAACUCGCAUCUACUUAUAUGUACAUUUCAUGCUUUUGGUUUAUAUUUGGACAUUAGACCAAAAGAAUACUACAAAUAACACUUUAUGAGAAACACUUUAUCAAAACCGGAUUAACAUACUCAUGAGCCUUCCAAAAUGCAAGACAGGAACUUUCGCAAACCUAUUGCUGUUAAAUUUUGUGUUCUUAUGAGUAGUGCACCCUGAAUCAAAUCAAUUGGUUGUUUAAACAACAGUUUUACAGAGAAAAGUAUGUACCAUAUUUUUCAGACUAUAAGUCGCACCGGAAUGUAAGUCGCAUUUUGGGGGGAAAUUUUCUUGAUAAAAUCCAACACAUAGAACAGAUAUCUCAUCUUGAGAGGUAAUUUAAAAUAAAAAUACAAUAAAGAACAACAUGCUGAAUAACUGUUAAGUAUGAUAAUGUUACAUGAUGCAUGAACAACGAAAUGCGAACGUGGCCGGUAUGUUAAUGUAACAUAGCUAUUAAGAGUUAUUCAGAUAACUAUAGCAUAAAGAACAUGCUAACAAGUUUACUAAACCAUCAGUGUCACUCCAAAACACCAAAAUAACAUGUGAAAUGAUAUAAUAAUGUGUUAAUCAUUUCACACAUAAGUCGCUCCGAAGUAUAAUUCGCACCCACAGCCAAACUAUGAAAAAAAACUGCGACUUAUAGUCCAAAAAAUACAGUAAUUGUAAUUAAAGUCCAAUUAUUUUCAGAAAGUGGUACUUUAACGCAAAAAUUCAUAAUUUUAUGAGAAUUAAAGUCAAACUAUUAGGGAAAGGAAAUAGAAUUCUCUUUUGUGAAAAAUGAAAAGUAUCAUUUAUGAACAUAAAUCUGAUUUAUUAUGACAAUCAAACCUUUUUAUGAAAAGUAUUAUUUUUAUCAGAACAGUUACACAAAUGUUAACAAACUGGUUAUGUUUUUUAUGGACAUAAAUUCAAUUUAUUUUGACAAUAAAUACAUUUACACAGGAAAAAUAAAUAAAGCCUAUUAAAUGACGUGGUGAUAGUCGUUUUUAUGGAAAUAAUUGGUGAUAAAAUGCUUUACUCCACUGGGAAUUGUUUUAUUUUUUUUUCUAAUUAGACUUCCAACAUAAAAAAAUGAAGGAAGAAAAAAAGAGUGACAACGUUAAUCUCAUAGAAUUAGGACAAAAUUACAAUUUUGUUGUCAUCAAAGAAUGCAAUGACAUGAUUUAUUUUAUUUAAUGCUGAAAUUUUCACCCAAAAAAUAAAAAUGAUCUAACAUUAAAACUUUAUAUCAUGAAAUUAAAAUUUAAGCAAUUCUCAUAGAAUCACAUAUGCCUUUUCCCCCAUCAAAUAAAAUGUAACAAAUGCUUUCUUUUUUUUUUUUUUUUUUUUUUUUUUUUUCAAAUUACCUUUAUUUCAAACACUUUAUGUAAGAGGAUUUUUUUUCACGUGAAGUUUUAACGUUUAAAUUUGACUUUAUUCUCAUAAAAUUUAACUUCUGUUCUCAUAAGAGUGACCUUAUUCCUUAAAAACACAUUCUCAUAAAAUCCUGAUUCAAACCUUAUGAAUUAAUAUUCUGUAUAUAUAUUGUGAUAUAUAAUUUUUCCCCAUGACUUUUGUGGUACUGUUUUGAAAAGUGCAGUGGCCUCCUUAGUCCUGCAUUGAAGUGCUAUCUUGUAUAUUUGUGACCUCUUUCUGAAUGGCUCGAUACAAUGUAUGUCCACCCUAUCGCUUACCUGACGCAGCGUUUCGGAAAGCCUUGGCGUUCAUGUUGUACAAAAGCUUGUAUUUAUUACGUAUAAUUAAAUUUGGUGAUUCCAAACAUUCAGUAAACCAGUAUUUUAUUUUUAUGGGGAUGGCCCUUUUUAUUAGGAUAUGGUCAAUGUUCAAACAAUGUUGAAACAAGCUGAAAUCAGCCAAUCAGAAGUCGAGAAGGACAUAGAAGGCCCUUUUUAUGAGGAUAUGGUCAAUGUUCAAACAAUGUUGAAACAAGCUGAAAUCAGCCAAUCAGAAGUCGAGAAGGACAUAGAAGUUGAAUAAAUGGUUACUUUUUGUGAUGGGGGAAAAAUGAGACCAUGACACAUCAUUUUAAAAUAUGAGACUGAGUUUGACCUGACUGUUGGAAUAUUUUAAAUUUAUUCUGUAUUUGAAAAAAAAAAAAAACAUUUUUUU